CCGCAUCAAGGCCAUUCUCAACGUCGCAAAGGAAGUGACAUCCCCUUUCGACUCGGCGGCUACACAGCCUCUUCGUCCUUUCCUGUCCACACCAGAGCUCAAUACCACCUCGGGACAGUCAAAUUCCCAUUAUUAUCCGCCUCACAUCCCCAGCGGCAGGCCUGGUAUGCACUACUUGAAGCUCAUGUGGUCUCAUGGUCAGUCAGAUCUCGUGAACGAAGGAUUCCCGAUGGCCAUGGCUUUUGUAGACGCUGCUCUCGAGCGCAAUGAAGGCGUUUUGAUACAUUGCCAAUGUGGUAUUUCACGGUCAGCAACGUUUGUUAUCGCUCUGGUCAUGCGAGCAGCGGCCACGCGCUCUACCUCCGUCCCUCCUGAGGUGUGGCAGCUGAAAGGCAUGCAAUCUGCUUACGCUUUCGUCAAGGAGAAAAGCAAGUGCAUAGGUCCCAAUAUGUCCUUGAUUUAUCAGUUGAUAGAAUAUGAGAAGACUCUCAGAGGUGGUCACGCUUCCCCUGCUUUCUCAGAUAAAUCAUCUUUCAUGGACGAAGACAAGGAAUGGGAUCGUCGUCGUUCUGCGUAUGCAGACGACGAGGCAGACGAUCGCGAAAACGAUAUCAUGCAGCAAGAAGCCGAAGACCUCGAUCGCGCGAUGGAGGAACGCAUCAUCGCACGUAAGCCAUCAGGCUCUUCUAUUGCCUCUUCUGGAGUAGGCAUGGGUGCCGCAUGGAGAAAUCGUUACGGCCGCAAACGUGCCGGCUCAUCUGCAAGUGUUCGCACAGCAGGUAGUGUACUCAGCGAAGAUCUUGUGGAGGCCGACGAAGAGCAGGAACUGCUGGGCAUAGGCGGUGGUUUUGAUAAUGCAACUGAGCCGCGAAGAAGUCCGUGUCUAUCAAUGUCCAGUGAAUCGCCUGGUGAAAGCGAGUCUAAUAAUCAACAUCUGACACCUUUCAAACCUCUUACAGCUCAUCGUGCAUCCAUCUACAGGUCGAGUUCUAUGCCUUCGGCGCCUGCAACGCAGAUCUCAUUCAAUAUCCCGCCGCCUCCAGCUAGUGGAUUCCAGCCAACGUUCAAACCUCCAGGAACGAAAGCGAAACGUCGACCCCCGCCUCUUGGUCUCUUGCCACCUGUACCACCAUCUCCCGUUACACCCGUUGCUGUGCAACAAGAACCCCAACAGCCGCAGACGGCGCGUCUACGCGCCAGCACUGAUGGCUGCAAGACUGCGUUACCGUCUUUCAAACACCGCCGACACCCCAGUUGGAUCGCGUUUCCCCCUAAAACAUCGCCGCGGCAACCUGUGGUAGCCACGCCGUCCCAGACGCUUUUCGUUUUCCCGCCCUCCCCGACCAAUGCUAUGAUGUGCCUCAGAACGCCCUCUACGAUGACUGUCACCUCGAAUGUCAAUACGAAUACGUUCCCGUUCCCUGCGAUAUCCACACCUCGUGUUGCGACUGCACGUACUCAUGGUCGCGUCAAGUCGUUUAUCGGAGUGGGAGUAUCUGCGGCUCCUACGACAGCAUAUUCGCGUGUUGAUGCGCGUGGAUGGGUAGGCCUGGAGCAACGGCCGAACUAGCGAUAGUGAGCAUAGGACUGUUGAUAAGCCCAUUCUGCUUGCCACGGUUUGAUACGUAAUUUGUCCCGUGUGUGUUAUGUUUUGUUUUGUUCUUCUCUCUGAUGUUCACGGACUGAUGCUUUAAGCAUUCUAUUUACGCUGCGUGUGCUUUCUGUCCUCUUGGACUGCAUUGUCUUUCGCAUUUCUUGUAAGAUUAUAUCAUUCAUCGCCUCUUUGUGCAGUUUCGAUUCGUGUUCGUGUUCGUGUUCGUAGUAGUUUUAUGCCAUGUGUCUUUACUCCUGUUCACCAGACUGCGUGGCAGGCCAGUGAACCGAGU